UAUUCAGAGCUCAGGCCUCCAGACACGUAGCAUGGGAGAGAGGAGAAGAAUGCAGGUGGGGUCAGGCAGAGCUUCAACAGAUUUCAAGUCCUCUUCAUGAAACAGCUAAAUGGUAGUUGUUUGGAUAGUGCCAGGGGCUCUUCCAGGCCUGUUUUUAAGGAUUGCUGGUUGUGAGGGAAAGAUGCAAGCUUUGAGCAGUAUCUGCCAAGCUGUGAGCUACAGAACUGGCUUGAAGGCUGCUGACAGUAAUGAUUGCUUUACUUCCUGCAGGGAUGAUUUCUGUUAUUAGCUUCUCUGAUACUGUCCAUGGCUAUACUUCUUCAGAUGGUUUACGACAGGAUUUGGUAGUUCAUAGAGUUGAUAUUUGAGAACUGAAGGGCACAUCCUGCUGCAUGAUUUGAUGCAGAUCUGGCUGAAUGAUCAGUGACUGAAAUCACUGCUCCCAUCAAGUUUGGAUCACUGCUGGAAUGGCCAGCAUCUGUGCGUGGCUGUCCUGACAUUUUCCAUCAGGUUGCCCUGAACAGACAAGGCUAGAUGGACUUUUCUUCCUUACUCUGGCAAAAUCUCCUGUGCCUUAAGAAUGGGACGGGAAAUUUAUAAGCUCAGCACUGCCAAUGAUAAAUGACAUGUCUGGGGAAGUUGCAUGGCCUGGACAGAGCAGUCAAGCCAUAGCCACUCACCCAUAGAAGAGCCCGUCCCUUACCUGCAACAAGAUUGUCACUGCUGGGUCAGAGACUUUAUGCCUGUGAACAUAAAAAACAAUUUGGAGACAUUUUCUCACCACAUAAAAUUAUAAUUGAAUAAAAUCUGGAAGAGGCCCCUUCUCUGAUGGAUUUAGCAGCAGUGCUUAGCACAGGAGAUGAAGCAUGGGCCAACUGCAAGCGGGUAGGCCCCUCUGGAUUGUGCACAGUUUGCUAGAAAGCAGUAGGAGCUGGGACAUCUGGGUUCCUGAGUGCUGCUCCUGGCUCUAGGCAGGCAGAGAGGUCUGGCCGUGGAAUGUACAUGUUUUCAGUGCUCUUCAUAUCAAACCAGUAGCUGAAUCUUACAGCCACCACACUGCCAUUCUGAAUCACCUUCCUAGCUGUGCUUCAAGGAAAUGGAUAACAUCUUCUUUUCCACUAAAUGGGCCUACCUGAUAGCUGGCUGCAGCCUGAGGCUGGUAAAAAAUGACUUGUCUACCAGGAAGGGCUGUGAAAUAGGCAGGAGAAGCAUCAAGGAGCAGAGGAAGUGGGAUUUGAAUGUACGAUCAUCUGACUGCUAGCAUCCCAUUUGCGCACAUGGAUGUGGUGCACCACUUGGCCUGGCUGUACAGAAGUCUGAGAGUGCAAUGAUACAAAGAAUUUGGCAUGCCUGGGAUGUAAUGUCCUCACCUGGGAUAUUUUACAGCUAAUAGGACAGAUUGCUGUGUCCUUUGCAUAGUGUUCUAUGUGACCCUAGAAUCUUUGCUACCUCUGUCUCUUGUUCGAUGACGUUGUCUGCAAACUGCCUCACUUUAUAGCAGAUGCCGUAAUGCCUGGGACACUGGACCAGGACCUGGGAUAGUUGAUACCACUGUUGGGUGAGCUACAGGACUUCUUGCAUUCUUGGAGAAUCUCUAGUUCCUUUUGCCCACCUGUUCAAUGAAGAUAAAUCUCCUCCUCAGAAGAAGUGCAAAGCCAUACAUUGUUCUUCAGAUGCUGUGACUGAUGACUGAGAAGAGCCUACACAGAGAACCUGGGGUCUACCUCACCCUGCAUAAGAUAUCUAAAAUGAGCUGGUUGCUGUAAACUCCCUCUGUAGUCAAGAAGGAAAACCGGGCAUUGCUAAAGCACGGAUUUUCUCAUUUGGAUUUCCGGUCCCCUAAUGGGGGAAGAUUCCUGGGAAAGGGGUGCAGAUAACUGGAUCUGAUGUAGAUACCUACAGCACAGGAGUCUAAAUCUGUGUCCGCGGGCAGAACCAGCACUGACUAGCAGUGGUGACAUAGGGCAACAAAGGAGUACAGACUUCCCUGGAGGCAAAGUUUGCUAAUGACUUCUAGCCAUAAGCUUCACUCUGGCAUACCUGAGGAACAGCAUGCAUGCAGAAUUCACCAGUUUUACAGCUACGGCUUCAGCAGAGAAGGACUCGUGAACAGCUGGCAGACCAGGGCAUUAUGCCACCACUGAAAAGCCCAUCUGCAUUCCAUGAACAACGAAAAAGUCUGGAGCGAGCCAAGACUGAAGACUAUCUCAAGCACAAGAUCAGAAGCAGGCCUGAGCGCUCAGACCUGGUCAAUAUGCACAUUUUACAAGACUCAGCUGCAGAAGGGUCCAUUCAAUCUACUCAAAUGAAGCUGAAAAGAGCCCGACUGGCAGAUGAUCUCAAUGAAAAGAUUGCCCUCAGGCCAGGUCCUUUGGAGCUGGUGGAGAAGAAUAUUAUUCCUGUCGACUCAGCUGUGAAAGAGGCCAUAAAAGGUACCCAGGUGAACUUCUCCAAGUCAUCCGAUGCAUUUGCAUUUGAGGAGGACAGCAGCAAUGAUGGCCUGUCCCCGGAGCAGGCCAGAAGCGAGGACUCCCAGGGCUCCACAGAAUCAUCAGCAGGCACCAAACCCUCAGAGCCAGCUUCCUCUGCCACCUCGGGAACACCCCAGGAUCACCCCCACGGCGCUGACAGCAAUGCGACCGACCCGGCCUCAGGGCAGAGCAGCCAGUGCGACAGCCCCAAGCAGGCACCAGGGCAAGACAGCCCACCGCUCCCCAUGCCCUCUGUGGUGAAGUCCAAAUCAUCCAGCGAUAGCAAAAAUCGUCACAAAAAGCCCAAGGACACCAAGCCCAAGGUGAAGAAGUUGAAAUAUCACCAGUACAUCCCUCCAGACCAAAAGGCAGAGAAGUCCCCUCCACCCAUGGACUCUGCAUAUGCCAGACUCCUCCAGCAGCAGCAGCUCUUCCUGCAGCUCCAGAUCCUCAGCCAGCAGCAGCAGCAGCAACAACAGCAGCAGCAGCAGCAGCACUUCAGCUACCCAGGGAUGCACCAAGCCCAACUAAAGCAAUCAAAUGAGCAGAUGGUCAAAAGUUCAAACUCUUCAUCAACUUCUGUCAACAACACCCCUCUUUCUCCUGUGAAAACCACCUUUUCAGGCCAGACUUGUGUCUCAUCUGUCAAGCCAGGUCCUCUGCCAUCUAACCUGGAUGAUCUGAAAGUGUCAGAACUGAGACAGCAGCUGCGAAUAAGAGGCCUGCCCGUAUCCGGUACAAAAACUGCAUUAAUGGAACGGCUGCGGCCCUUCCAAGAGUGCAGCAACAGCGCAGUACCAAACUUCAGUGAGAUAACAACUGUCACCUUCCCAGUCACUCCAACGAGCACCUUGUCAAGUUACCAGUCGCAGUCCUCCACCAGCAUGUUAUCGAAUGGCUUCUACCACUUUGGCAGCACCAGCUCCACCCCACCCAUCUCCCCAGCCUCCUCUGACCUCUCUGUGAGCGGCUCUUUGCCAGACACGUUCAAUGAUGGGCCCAUGUCUUCUCCUCAGUUCGGUCUGCAGCCAUCACCGGUUCAUGGCAGUACUGAAGAAAGCCUCAUGAGCAGCAUGAAUGGAGGGAGCAUCCAGCUGGAGCUGGAAGGGAUUGACACAGAAAAAGACAAGAUGCUGGUGGAGAAGCAGAAGGUCAUCAAUGAACUGACGUGGAAGCUGCAGCAAGAGCAGAGGCAGGUUGAAGAGCUACGGAUGCAGCUUCAGAAACGGAAGAGAAGCAGUGGCCUUGAGGAGAAACAACAGUCCACUCAGCAUUUCUUUGGGGUUCCCAUCAAGCAAGAAAACACAGUGUCCAGCUGCCCAUUUGCAUCCAAACAAACUGCCUUGAAAGGCCAAGCCAACAGCUCGGAUAAGUUAAGUAACUGUGGGGUGCCGCAGCUGCCUCACAUUGUAAAUAGCCACUGCUUGGAGCCUGCAGGCCAGAGCACCAUCACCUCCUCAACAUUCCUUAGCCCGCAGUGCUCCCCCCAGCACUCUCCGCUCGGGGCUGCAAAAAGCCCGCAGCACAUCAGCCUGCCGCCAUCCCCUAACAGCCACUAUCUCCUCUCAGUGUCCCCCAGCUCACAGGCAGAAGGGCGCAGCGGGUCCCCGCAGACCAACAAUUGCCUUCGCACAGCAUCGAUGGCUACGCAGGCAGGUCAAAAGUUUUCUAUUCCAUCCCCAAGUUUUUGUAAGUCAAGCCCAGCCCUCUCAGAGGUAAAGCAGCCUCCACCCUAUGAGGAUGCAGUGAAGCAGCAGAUGACACGAAGUCAGCAGAUGGACGAACUCCUGGACGUGCUGAUUGAGAGUGGAGAAAUGCCAGCCAACGCCAAGGAAGAUCGUUCCUGCCUCCAGAAAGUACCUCAGAUAACAGUGUCUACAGGGAACUCCAGCACUUCACUCCCAAAGUCAUCUGCCCCAUUUGAACAGGUCUCCUCAGCCCAGCUCUCGUUUGAGCACUGUCCAGGCAGCAGCGACACUCACCUCGAAGUCUUACUGAACGCUCACAGCCCGCUAGGGAGAGCUGGAGAAAUUGCCCUGCUGAAGAUGGGAGGAGAAGAGUCCCACUUCGAAGGGAUGAUAGAGGGGUUCUCUGGCAAAGCCACAGAUGAACUGCUCACCUCCCAGGAGAUUUUACAGACUCCUCUCUCACCCAUGGAAACCCAGCUCUCCCCUUCCCCUGCUGACGGCUCUGGUUUACAAAUGAGUUUCACUGAAUCUCCAUGGGAGACAAUGGAAUGGCUGGAUCUAACCCCCCCUAGCUCCGCCACGGGCUUUGGCUCUCUUACACCUGCAGGUCCCAGCAUCUUCAACAUUGAUUUCUUAGAUGUUACUGAUCUUAAUCUAAACACCAGCAUGGACCUUCACCUGCAGCAGUGGUGAAAGGGAGGGUGGUGGAAGCAGGACACGGUAUGCCCACAGCAGCCAGCACAGUGUUUCCGUCACACCAGAGAACCCACAGGGCUAACAUGUCACAUUCAGGAGAAACUGGAGUCAUUUUCCCAGCAUAUAAACUUGUUCCAAUUUCCAGGUACUGCAAAUUGACAGCGCAAUAGCUCUGGUACUUUGAUUUUCCUCCAUCUACACAUCACCACAGACGAUACCAGUGCCUUUAAAAACACUAUUCUAGACUGAUAAUUUUCUAGAACUUCCAUUUUGUUUCUUCCGUCUUUUUUCCGCCAGUUUUAGGAGUCACUCCCAUGAGAACUGGAGCAGCUCAUGACAAAACUGUGGGGUGAGGAGAACUCACCUGGGAAGCAGCAGAAAUCAUCCAGAGGAUGGCCCAUUGCUACCCCAUUCCCUACUCCCCUCCUGCCCCACUAGCCCUUUAGGCAAUAUUGGAAGGCACGUCCUAGCCAUGCUGAGACCAGGAGGUGCAGGGGCGGGGAGGGCCAAUCACUCUGCCCAGCCCAGGGCAACAAGCACACUUCUCUGUGCCAGACUCACCUUUCCUUGCUUCCUGCCUUCUGUCCAAAAGGCCUCAAAGCCACAUUGCCCUAGUCCCUGCAUAGUUGUGCUCCAGGUGGGUGAGAGAUGGAGCCUGUCAUGUUCAUGGUGGCACUUAGGAAUGUGCGCACACUUCCCAGUGGGAUGGAAGCCAGAGAGCAGUCCCAGCUGCAGUCUGAACUGAAUCAGGCUGAAGCCUGUGACCUUGAAACAGAGAGUUCUGGAUGCUGUAGGCAGCUGCUCAGGCUGCGGAUGCAGGUGUCGAAGGGAAUGGCGUUCAGAUGGAGCUGCCAUGUCCCCACUAGCGUGGUACAGAUAAAGAGAUGUGUAAUGUGUUUUGGCCCAAGUUCAGGAGCAAGUCAUAUGGAAAAUACCACAAAGUUUGGUAGGGAGCGUCCUCUAUGUGGCUGGAAGGAACAAUGGAUUGUUACCACCCUGCAUGACCUGGGAGCCAGGGGAGCCAGAAGUAUCAGCUCAGCUACCUGUAAGUGGGACAGGGUCGAGCAGGUCGGUGUGUGGCCACAGUUUUGUAUGAGCAUCUGCUUUUGUAGUCUCCACUCCUUUGCACCCAUUCCUUCUUCCUUCCCCCCAUUCUACCUUGUUCCCCAAUAGAUUCUCCCCUUUUCUGAAUAUACGCCGGCAUCACUGUUCACUCAGCUCAGAGCAAGACCAUCCAGAGAACAGCUGUGAAUCACUGAGCCUAGAGGAGCUUGUUCUUCUGAAGCCCACAGAGAUGGAUGCUCUCCUACAGUGAUGCCUUCAGUUUGAAGUCACCAGCAUUUCUCCUAUGAGUCUCUGUGCAAUAUACUUCCUCAGGCUCUAGUGAGAAGGAGCCUUUGCUUCACUUCUUGGCUUCCACCAAAGAACUUGCUGCAGACUGUUUGACGGACACAUCUACUUCUUUGCAAUUCUGGUUUUGCCAAAGUAAAUAUUGUUGCUGACAAAGAUUGUUAAACUAUUUACAGACUGAGUGUAUUUAAUAUUUGUGUUACUGGAAGGACAGCACAUUGGAGAUGCAGCAGCUGGGGAGGAGGUCCAGCACGAGGGGUCUGCAGGCAGUCUGGCCAGCAGCUCCUGCGGGAUGCUCCACUCGAAGGGCUGCUGGAGCUGUCGAAGGAGCUCUGCAGCCCUUGCUGUGUCUCCAGUUCAUGGCGUUGUUGCAUGCUGUAUAAAGAACAUGGCAGUAGCUUUUAAGUCACUAUUUAAAGCACCACUUUUCUAUUGUACAAAUGGUCACAGUGCACUGCUAGGAUAGAUAAUCACAGGUUGCGUUUUUUUUUUUUAAGGAAUUUCUUUUUGUAAGUGAAAGAUUUUUAGAGCCAUUUCAUGGAGAAUAUUAAUAGCACUUGAUUCAGAGUAGUGUUAGCUGCUACACUGCGUAACUGUACAGGGCUUUCCAGAUAAUUUUCUCCUUUCAACAAAUGUAUUUCCUUAUUUAAAGGGAUGCUGUCAGCUUCAAACUUGUAAGCAAGCACAUUGCUUUACCUAUGUUACCAGCAACACCUUCAUUAUUAAAAACCCCUUUGUCUUGCCACUC